GAACAUUGGAGAACAUCGACAUUAGAUAAAUGACCCUGCUUGCCCUACGAUCACGGUCACUAUAUGCUAAUUCACAAUUAUUAGGCAAAUUAAUUAAUCUUGUAUUGUUUUUUGCUAUUAUAUAACAAGCAUCAUUACGUAUUUUGAGACUGUAGGGUCAAAUGUCUUAAAUGGUUUUCCUCCAAUUAUUGUGGUUGAACCAAGGUUGAUGCUUUGGACUUGCACUGGUCAAACUGGACAGAAACCAGCAACAAAAAUUCACUUCAGAAGCGGUUUUGCGAUCGCAGCAGGACGACACCCGGCGUCAAAAACCUCUAAUCCUGCUAGCGUGCAAAGUAAUUCGUGAAUGAAAGCUCGCAUGUUAAGUUCGCGCUUCUUUUUCAGUGCGUUAAGAUUUCAGUGAGUUUUUUGUGUCAAUAAAACCUAUCAAAAAAUAGAAAUGACGACUGCAGGUCCAACCGAGCUGGAGCUCCGCAGGAGAAACUUUAAGGCUCAGCAAUCCACAGUCCAGACCAGGAAGCAGCAGGCUGUUUGCGUUAGGCGAGCCCACAAAAAAUAUGGAUCGAAAAGCCAGCCGAAUAUCAUAUUGGAUGGCCUUAAUAUGACUGUUCCCAAGGGAUGUAUAUACGGGUUACUUGGUGCUAGUGGUUGUGGUAAGACAACUUUGCUCAAUUGCAUAGUAGGUAGGAAACGACUCAAUUCGGGAGAAAUAUGGGUGUUGGGAGGACAGCCUGGAUCAAAGGGAAGCGGUGUUCCAGGCCCACGAAUCGGCUACAUGCCGCAGGAAAUCGCCCUUUACGGCGAAUUCUCAAUUAGGGAAACCUUGAAGUACUUCGGAUGGGUCUCCGAUUUGAGUACCGAGCAAGUCGAGGCCAGGCUGGAAUUUUUGGUAAAUUUGCUGAUGCUGCCUGAUCCUGAUAGGCAAGUAAAAUGUCUCAGUGGAGGGCAGCAACGAAGAGUUUCUUUAGCGGCAGCUCUGGUUCACGAUCCAGAGCUGCUCAUUCUUGAUGAGCCCACUGUUGGAGUUGAUCCACUUUUACGGCAGAACAUUUGGGGCCAUUUGGUGGAAAUCACUAAACAUGGAAGGAAAACAGUGAUUAUCACUACCCAUUACAUAGACGAAGCUCGGCAAGCACAUUUGAUUGGCUUAAUGAGAGGCGGAUAUUUUCUCGCCGAAGAAUCGCCGGAACAGCUCAUCGUCCAAUUCGGAGCCGAAAGCCUGGAAGAUGUCUUCCUGAAGCUCAGCGUCAUUCAAAAUAUGGGAAAACGACGACGGUCCAGCAUUCUUCAGAGCGUUACGGAUGCGAUUCCGAUUCCAGCAGGAUCAGUAAACGAAGGAGCGAUUCUGGACGACGAAGUUGGGGAAAUUUCAGGAGAAUUUGGCGAUAACACUUCAAUGUCCGGAAGAUCAGCCAGGCGGGUUUCAAUUGCACCGGAUGCAUCUGUAGAAACGAUACCCCCAGAACUCCCUCCUGAAGAGGAGACGGAAGUGAAGUGGACCGACUAUUUGAAGAUAGUAAAAUGGUCGCACAUGCGAGCAUUGGUUUGGAAGAACUUCUUAUGGAUGUGGAGGAAUAUCCCGGUCAUGACUUUUAUUAUUGGAUUGCCAGUGGGCCAAAUGAUUCUGUUCUGCCUUUCUAUUGGACAUGAUCCGAACGAUGUCACCCUAUCAGUGGUUAAUAAUGAGAUCAACUAUCCGAUGGAACGUUGCGAGUACAAGGCAGGUUGCAACGCUUCCUAUCUAAGUUGCAAUUAUCUGGAUUAUAUUUCUAACAAUUACUCCCUCAUAAUGAACUACUAUGCAACAGAAGCAGAAGCCCGGCAAACUGUUGAGAAAGGCAAGUCCUGGGCCAUGCUGGUGGUGCCAAACAAUUUCUCAGAUUCCUUACGAUCAAGAAUAGACAACGGUAAAGAUACACCUUCAUGGGACUUGGCUGGAAGCGUCAUUGAUGUGUUUUCUGAUAAGUCGAAUGAAAAUAUUGCCACAUUUAUUACAAGAGAUCUGUUGUUUGGACUGGAGGGCUAUGCCAAGAGCUUUCUGAAGCAAUGCGACAUUGAUCCCAAAGUGUUUGGAAUACCAAUAAAGUUCGAAACCCCCAUCUACGGAUAUGGAUCACCAGACUUUACCGACUUUGCGGCACCAGGAAUAAUUUUAACCAUCAUCUUCUUUAUGGCUGUGGCACUCACUUCCGGAGCAAUGUUAAUGGAAAGGAAUGAAGGAAUCCUGGAGCGAACGCUAGUCAAUGGAAUUACUGGCACUGAAGUACUUUUCUCCCAAGUUAUCACCCAAUUUGUUGUAAUGUUCGGUCAGACGACCAUGGUGCUGGUGUUCGCUUUCCCAAUAUUUCAACUCACACAAAAUGGAAACUGGUUCAACCUCUUCAGUUUGACCAUUUUGUCGGGUGUUUGUGGAAUGUGUUUUGGAUUUGUUGUUUCAUGCGUCUGCGAAAAUGAACGUUCCGCCACUUACAUGGCUUUGGGCAGCUUCUUACCCAUAGUGAUGUUGUGUGGAAUUAUUUGGCCUAUUGAAGCUAUGAGUCCGUACUUAACUUGGGCUUCCACUUGCCUACCAUUAACCCAAGCGACAGAAAGUUUGAGAUGCAUUAUCGCCAGAGGAUGGGGCAUUCAAGUUCCGGCAGUUUACUAUGGAUUUUUGUCAAUUACCUUAUGGAUUUGCAUCUUUUUGACAAUAAGUAUACUGGUGCUCAAGUUUAGGAAAGGCUAAACGCGUUAUUUAUUUAUUGUUCGUACACAAUCAAAUAGUGCUGUAGGAUGUUUUCAAUUGACUUUUUACGGUUCCCAGGAUGUUUUGUAUUUUACGCUUAGGAUGUGAUUAAACUGUUUUUAAGGAGAGAAACGAUUUUGAUCAAUAAAAAAUUUUAGUUUUA